CGGAUUGCAGGUUCAUCUUGACGCAUUGUCCUGUUCCUUGAUAACGACCACGGAGCAACCCCCGACUAGGUUUCCCACGGUGAACAACGUGAUUUGCCGACGAUGGUUACGUUGAUUAAUGGAUAUUAAUAAUGUUCGCCAUUGUUGCCGCAAUAAAUUGUGAUUUUUCGUCGCGGUUAGCUGGGACGUGAAUAAAAGGUGAUAAUUGAUGCAUCGCUCGCUUGGACGAGAAACGAGGGGUUGAAGGAGGAGAAGGCAGCUUUUCAGGCAGGUAACACGCGCGAGCGCGCACAUGGACACACUCGCAUCCUCCUGUAUUUUGACUAGGGUGAGAAUAGUUGAGGUACCAUUCCCUUCGUGGUUCAGUGAGCUCCGGUUCCGUGCAUUCAUCAACAAUAAGCCGCAGCAACCCCAAACACACUCCUCCCUUUCCUCCUCCUUUUCCCAAUCUAUGUGUAUGCAUGCACGGUUAUGAGUAGCUCCACGUGUUUAUGUAUACGCGUGUGUGUUUGUUUGUGUGCAUGGAUGAGUGUGCAUCGUAGGUUGUGGAACGCGUUUGGAAUACAUAAAUCAGGUGCGCCAGUCUGCAGACUGCUGCCAGCCAUAUCACUUGGCACAACGGCUAUGAAUGAAUAGAGCCGUACCUGAAUUAUCGUCCGCCUUUGCAGAUACUGAGAGAACGCUUGUGCACGUUCCACGACGACAACGGGUAAGCAAGUGUGGUUUUAAACCUUAAUCUUCAAGCGUUGGAUAAAAAUAUGAUAAAGAUGAGUCUGCUAAUGUUCUUUUACUUUCAUGGUUAAUGUUUUUGCUAAAUUCGUUUUUAAAAAAAGAUAUUCUUUAACGUGUCAAUUUUUAGAAAGUGUUAAAAAUUGAGUUAUUUUCGAUAAAAAAUAAUUGAUCUUAGUUCGGAAUAGAUCGCGUUAACAUUUUCUUUAAUACCUAAUGACAUUUGUAAUGACGUUUGUAAAAAACUAUUUAUUUUUAUUGAGAUUAUUGAGCAAGAAGUGCGAUACAAGUGAAAAAAAUUACCGCAAAACGACUGUAUCAAUUCUAGAAAAAGAACAAACUAGAAACACGUUGGAAUCUUUUCGAUCACGUCGUUUCAAACGAAUCCUUCGAUUUCCGAAAGAAAUGCAAUUUAUCUUACGUUAAUCUUUCUCCGAGUAAGCCAGGGUGAAGGAGGAGGAGAAGGAGGAGGAGGAGGAGGAAAAGGAGAAUGAGAGGGAGGAGAGAUGGCAGAUCUCAUCUAUUUCAAAAUACUUCAGAUUAGUUUCUUAAAAAGUUUAACCUAUGCGAUUUUGGCUACAAAUCGUUGAAGUAUCGCUACAGUCGACGAACGAUCGACGAUGAAAUAUAGAGAAACAUGGUAUCGUUGCUUUCAAGAUUAAUCGCCAAUACUAAAACUUUUCAAGAUGUCAAACUUUUUCGGAGUAUCGAAAAACUUCGAUAUUCGCAAUCUCGUUUUAAUGCUUCGGAAAAGCAUACAAUAUGCAUUUGUCCCGAACCGCCAACUUAUAUUACUCGCUUGGCAAUGCCUGUUGAUUAUGACAAUGUAAUAAAUUUCAUGUGCAGGACUUAUUUUAAAGAGGAGCCAAGUAUUGUAAAUAUCGGUCUUAGUAAUAUAUCACCAACAGCUUUCAUGUUGAAAAUCUUGCAAGAGAACCUUAAGAACGGCAUGACGAUAAUCGCAGAAAAUCAGCUCCAUUGCAUAAUCGGUGCUGCUGUAAACAUUUGUUCAUGUCCGUGGGAACCAAAAAAAAUUAAGGAAUAUGCGAGAUGUUGUGAGGAAGAGAGUCUAGUGCGUGAUCUGAUAGAGUUUUAUUCUUAUGUAUCUCUUAAGCCAGAUGUUUGGAAUCGUUAUUGCGUUCACAAGGUGUUUGAGUGCAACUAUGUAGCGGUUGACCCAGAAUAUCGUGGAAUGGGUAUAGCCAAGAAGCUCAUUGAAGAGAGUUGGUAUCUCGCACGAGAUUGUAGUUAUCGAUUGUUCCGUAUCGACUGUUCUAACAUAUAUACAGCUAUAAUCGCAGAAGGUUUUGGAUGGACUAAAAUAUGUACGAUACCUUACUGUCGAUACGUCAAGAAUGGUGAAAUGGUAUUCCAAAAUAUACAAGAACCUAAUACAGAAAUUAAAGUUUACAUCGAUCAUGUCAAGUUUCUUAAAGCAUAUCAUCUGCCAUAUAAAAGUUGUAAGUUCAAGUGAUCCGUUCAAGGAUAAACAAGAGGAAGAGAUAAUCUCUUUUAAAAAAUUAUCUAAGUUUCUUUAUUUAAUGUCUCACUGUUUUAUUGCUUGUAAUAUUUCGAGAGAUAAACUUGUUCGCUAGGUAAGAUGUAAUAAAUAUGUAU